AAAAAUUUUUUCUCUCUUCUCCUUUGGAGAAGAGCAGUCUGUUAUGUCAGGUCGAUUAUCGAUAAUGCAUCACAGUUGAUAGAAGGAUUCGAUGUUGUGGUCCGAGGAACUUGUAAUCACUCGUAGAACGUAAGUAUUUCUCCUUUUUUGCCGACAAUUUCCACAUUUUACCAAAGCCGUGACGACUUACCUAAUAAAUGAGAUCGCUAGACAUCGGAGUAAGUCCAAAUUCAGAAUGUAGAAAAUCAAAAAUGAUAACUGGAAGAAAGCCAUGGAGGAAAAACCUUUGGGAAAACCAAGGUUACCCUGACAACUACACCGACGCUUCUUUUUUAGAAGAAUUGAAGAAAAAUAUAAACGUCAGGGAAGUAACGUUUAAAGAGGCAUUUCUCGGUUCGAGCCUCAUCACCCAGCAGUUGUGCAUCAUUGUAUUUUUCUCCUUGAAUUUCUACUAUAUGCACAACAAUUUAAUCAGCUCGGAAGUUCUCUUUGUUUGUCUGUGCAUAACGGCAACAAUUGGUUAUAUUUUUUAUGUAAUUGUUGAUGCAUUGGCCAAUGUUCCUUUAUUCAGUUGUGCCAUGGCAUGGAAGGCGAUGAUGUCUUCAAUCCAAAAGCUGGAUAAAAAGAGACAUCUAAAGGCUAUAGUCUACUUUCUACUUUUGGGCUUUGUACUCUCGCCUGUUUUAAAAACGCUGACUGAAAGCGUGAGCACUGAUACAAUUUACGCUAUGACUGUAUUUAUAAUGGGAAUACACAUGGUGUUUUUCGACUACGGCUUGAGAGCUGUCAUCGUGUCGAGUUCGCUGUCGUUAAACGCCGCUGUCUUUGCUUCCGUAUGCCUGGCUUCCAGAUUGGCAACUCCGUUUGACACUUUUGUACUUCUGACUUGCAGCAUCCUUCAUUUUUUACUUUGUCCUCUCUUGCUUUCCAAAUUAUCAAAUUACCCUUUAAUGAUAUUGAUAAUUAUGGCUACGCUUUCAUUGUACGGCUUGUACCAAGUCGAUAAAGUUUUAACUUCCAUUUUCUUUUGUUCGGUAAUAUUUAUAAACUUUAUCUGUCCUUAUUUAUUCGUACGUUGGCACGCUUAUAAAGAUAAUAUAUAUGGCCCUUGGGAUGAAGCUGUUGUUGAAGAUUUAGGUUGAUGUAAAUAUUAUCGAGCAAACGUCUGCUUAAAAGAGGUUUAAAUGCCAAAUAAAUAAGACUGUUGUAUCUACAUUUAAGUAUUUUUGUAUGCAAUACAUUUUAACCAUAAAUUUUGUGAAAUAAAUCAAUUUGUUUUUUGUUUUGAAA